AUGGCGGAAAACGCUGACAAAAUCAAAGCCCUCCACCGCAAAAGAGGUGUCAUUUUGGGGGGAAUUACAUCAUUCUCGAAAAAGCUAGAUGAGUGGAGAGAUAAAGAGGUGGAUCGGGACAAGUAUGUACUACAGCAAUAUCUCGAUUCCUUUGUAAAAGGCUUUGACAAAUUUGACCCAAUUCAAGAGGAACUCGAAGACCUCGACGAAAGAGAGAUAGACCAACGGCAAGUCAUACAGGAUCGCUUUGAUGUAGCUGUUGCUCGAGCUAAAGGGUUGCUGAGUGAAUAUGCUGUCUCUGAUGACGGUGAAUCCACGAGGUCGAACAACAGCGCAUCAUUUCAAUCCGCUGCUUCCUCCCAAAAUUCUGAUCGCCAUGUAAAAUUACCGAAGAUAGAUUUACCAAAGUUUGACGGAACUCUCGAAAAUUGGGCCUCCUUUUAUGACCUUUUUUCUACAUUAAUUGACGAAGACACGGCUCUUUCUGCAUCGGCCAAACUUCAUUUUUUGCGCAGCUCUUGUACGGGCAAAGCUGCACGUUUAAUCGAAUCUCUAACUACUAAACCAGAAAAUUAUGAAAGCGCGCUCAAACUCCUUAAGAAAAAGUUUGACUCUCCACGUCGUGCUCUUAGGGCCCACUGGACGAAAUUGCGGGAAUACCCCAAAUCGCCCAAGGACACGCCCACUUCUUUGGGUGAGCUAGUUGACUUAUUCAAUCAAAAUCUGAAAGCAAUGGAAAAUUUAGGUGCACCGGUGGAUCAGUGGAGUGUACCUUUAAUUGACCUCAUUUUAACCAAAAUCAGUCCCUACACUGCCUGGCAGUGGGAAUUAACCUUAGAUGAGACUGACAAUAAGAUGCCUUGUUACACGCAUUUGCUGAGCUUUUUAGAAAGGAGAGCUAGCUCAGUGGAGCUGUCUAACUUCGAUUCUGCCUGUAAGAAUGUAGCUAAAGUGUCAUAUCGCUCAAAUUAUAACAACAACAGUUCGCCGGUCCCAUCAGUAAAAAAACCCGCGCAAAAUUUCAGUGCGACUAGCGCACCUGCCAAGUCUGACAAAAAAAAAACAUGCCCCCUUUGCUCGGAGCCGCAUCCUUUGUAUUGGUGUGAUCAAUUUAAGAGUAUGUCCACAGAAGACAGAAAAAUUACUGCGCAACGUGAAUCCCUGUGCAUGAACUGUCUCGGAAAUCACACCGGCUUGUGCAAGUCUAAGCACCGUUGUAAAAUUUGUAAAAACAAUACGCAUCACACAUUACUUUGUUGUCAAAAUUCCGAGAAACCACAGCCAGAAUCCCCGAAAUUUGCUGGUGUUAUUAACACUCCAACUAGUGAGUUAAUUACGACCGCCUUGGUUAACGUUAGCAAUUAUGACGGUAAAAGUGUCCUUGCUCGGGCGCUUGUUGACACGUGUUCCUCAAUGCAUUUUAUGACUAUAAAUUUAGCGCAACGGCUAGGUUUGAAGGUAAGGAAGGACCCCUCUCCCAUUUCUGUCUUAAACUCAAUAACGACAAUUUCGGGGGGCACCGUGUCCGCCAUUAUUAGGUCUCGUUACAAUGGAUACGAACGGGAGCUGACUUUUCGCACAGUUGAUCAAAUUACGGGCCUGGUUCCCGAUCAACCAAUUGAUAGGCGUUUGAUGAAAAUACCUUCAAAUAUACGGCUUGCUGACCCAGAAUUUCACCGCCCUGCCCCAGCUGAAAUUCUCAUCGCCUCAGGUACAGCGCUCUCUAUGUUGUGCCAAGGGCAAAUUAAUCUCUCCCAGCCUGGUGGUCUGGAUCUUUACUUGCAAAAAACCAUGCUCGGGUGGGUCAUCGGGGGGAGCGUUCCCUCGGAAAGCGCCCAAUCUAUGGCCUCCUGCCAUCUCGUAACUCUUAAUUUCGACCUCAAACAAUUUUGGGAAAGGGAGGAAGUUCCUCAAAUGGAAGUAUUAACCAAAUGCAAAAAUGAGGAAGAAGCACUUUGCGAAGAGCACUUUCGCAGCAACAUAACCAGAAAUUCAGAGGGGCGCUAUGUUGUUGCUCUACCUUUCAACGAAAGGGUAACAGAAUUGAGGGAGUCCAGGUCAAUGGCCGAAAAAAGGUUAGCCGGCCUCAAAAGAAGGCUCCAAUUAAACCCUGAAUUAAAAGAAAAAUAUUGCUCUGUGAUGAAAGAAUACCUCACGCUCGGUCACAUGUCGCCAGUGGAGGUAAGGGGAGGGGAAAAAGGAUACUAUCUUCCCCACCAUGCAGUGACGAAGGAUUCGCUAACGACCGCAGUCCGCGUGGUUUACGACGGCUCAGCCAAAACCUUCCCCGACGGCCCAUCCCUCAAUGAAACCCUCCGUGUGGGGCCAACCAUACAACCUGACCUAUUCAGUCAACUCCUUAAGUUCCGCAUACAUAACACGGUACUAACUGGUGACAUUGAAAAAAUGUACCGGCAAUUUUUGGUUCGUAAGCAGGAUCGUAAGUAUCAGCGUAUUCUUUGGCCCGACGCUGAAGGUCGCACUCAAACUUAUGAACUCAACACGGUAACAUUCGGCUUGGCACCGGCCUCAUUUUUGGCAAUCAGGUGCUUGCAUCAAUUAGCUGAAGAUGAAGGGAAGAAUUUUCCGCUCGCCGCUGAGGUGCUAAAGAAUGAAUUUUACGUUGACAAUGCGCUAACCGGGGCGCCAACAGUUACCGCCGCAGUUCUAUUGCGACAGCAACUGACUGAAAUUUUAAGCAGGGCGGGUAUUAACAUUUACCAAUGGGCAUCAAAUGUACCUGAAGUUUUACACGAUCUACCGCCGGAGAAAAUCAAUAAACAGUUGGUUUUAAGCAACUCGACAAUUAGCACCCUUGGACUGAAAUGGGAUGCUAAUAGCGAUUCGAUCACGUACACUGUUGCCAACUUACCUUUGAAUCAUAUUGUUACAAAACGAUCCAUUCUUUCCGAAAUCUCAAAAAUAUUUGACCCCUUGGGCCUCUUAGGUCCAGUCAUAAUAUAUGCCAAAAUAUUAAUCCAAGAGUUGUGGAAAUUAAAGUUACACUGGGACGAGUCAUUAACAUCGAGUUUGCGCCAGGUGUGGCUUAAAUAUCGGCAUCAACUAUCCCUUUUAGAUCAUUUAAGUUUUGGUCGCAAAAUUUUAAUUGAGCACCCCGUUCGCGUUGAAUUACACAGUUUUGGAGACGCAGGGACAAAAGCGUACGGAUGCUGCCUAUACGUUCGAUCUAUCGAUGUUCAUGGUAAUAUUCUAACAACGUUACUGUGUGCUAAAUCACGGGUAGCACCCAUAAAAACUGUGUCGAUACCCAGGCUGGAACUUUGCGCCGCGCGCCUCCUGGCGGACGUAAGCACAAGCGUAAAGGAGCAAAUACCUAUAAACUUUGAUCAAAUAUUUUACUGGACCGAUUCUACUGUUGUGCUAAACUGGUUGCAUACCUAUCCGGCAUCCUUGCAAGUUUUUGUGGCCAACAGGGUUGCCGAAAUUCAAACAAAAACGGAUAUAAAAAAUUGGGGUUUUGUCCGCACGUUUGACAACCCAGCUGACCUGAUGACGCGUGGUCAGCUGCCNAAAAAUUUUCUCAAGGAAUCAAUCUGGCAACAUGGCCCUCCUUGGCUCAGCCACCCUGAAAGUGAAUGGCCCGUUUCAAACUUCUUGGCCGAACCCAAUAAUGUUCUUGAAAAGAAAAAGGUUCAAUGUUUUGCCGUAACAACAUUUGACCCCUCAUUGUUUCAGAAAUUUUCAUGCAUUUUCAAACUUCAAAAAAUCAUUGCCCUUUGUAAACGCAUGAAAAACAAAAAUAAACACGGUCACGUUCUACUCGACGCAGCGCGAGAGGUAGCCAUAAAAAAUUCCGGCACUACGGUUACCGAACUCAACUUAGCCUUAAAAACUAUAAUGAAUACAGUUCAAAACUCCAAUUUCAAUGAAGAAAUGCACUAUCUCAAAAAGGGGGAACCGGUCCCAUCACACAGCCGUCUACAGCCCCUAAACCCUUUCUUAGACAAGGAUGGACUCAUUCGGGUAGGGGGACGGUUGAAAAACGCAGCGUUGCCAUUUGAACAACGUCACCCCUUAAUUCUUCCAAAGGAUAACCAUGUGACUCGUUUGCUCAUCGAGGCCGAGCACACGAUACAUGGGCACGCAGGGAUUCAGGCAACACUGUACGCUCUCCGCAGACGGUUUUGGGUGCUGGACGGACGCAAUACGAUUCGGAAGAUCCUAAGGCAAUGCGUUCAUUGUGCCAAGCUCAAGCCUGUCUCGGUCGACUACCUGAUGGGGGAUCUGCCCGCCGCGCGUGUGACUCCAGCUCGCCCAUUCAGCCGAGUGGGGAUCGACCUCUGCGGCUAUUUCUUCUUAAAAGAGAAAAAAUAUCGCAACAGAAAUCAAGUGAAAGCGUAUGUUGUUGUUUUCGUGUGUUUCGUCACAAAGGCGGUUCAUUUAGAAUUGGUAACGGACCUUUCCAGUGACUCAUUCAUAGCCGCUCUUCGGCGAUUUAUAGCCCGCCGCGGACUAUGUUCCGACAUUUACUCAGAUAACGCAACCAAUUUUUUAGGAACGAAUAACCAAAUGAAAGAGCUAGAAACCCUAUUUUCUGACUCUAAACAUCAAAACUCUGUACAUGCCUUUGCAGCCAAAAACUGCAUACGCUGGCAUUUCAUACCAGCAAAAUCGCCUCAUUUUGGUGGGCUCUGGGAAUCCGCUGUAAAAUCCUUCAAACAUCAUCUUUUGCGGGUGGUAAAGGGAGCACUUUUUACUUAUGAAGAAUUUUAUACUUUUUGCACAGAAAUAGAAGCUAUCCUAAACUCAAGACCUAUUUCCCCAAUGUCAUCUGAUCCCAAUGAUCUCCUUGCCCUUACCCCUGGUCAUUUUCUGAUUGGUGAUUCUUUAACGAGCUUGCCUGAUCUUGAGCUUAGGGAUACGCCUGUCAAUCGUCUUUCGCAAUGGCAGCACAUUCAACAGGUUAAGCAGCAUUUCUGGUCUCGUUGGCAGCAAGAAUACUUGAACGAGCUGACGGUACGUCACAAAUGGACCAAAGACAUGCCCGGCAUUCAAACCGGCGCCCUG